GUUGUCGGGACGAGACGGGCGGACGGGCGGGAUUCGCGAACGCCCGCUACGACGCCGGGACGAUGGAGCGCUCGCCAUCAAACGCAUACGCGUUCUUACUAUGAUUAUAUGCACAUAUUUAUCCUAUUGACGCGUUGCCAAUUAAACGCUGCCAGAUCCGACUUGUCUUGUUGUUGUUAACCGCUCGUCACCACGGUGACGUGAAAUGUCGCAGUCCACCGGGAUUGCGGCGCGCGCGGUCACGCUUGCGUCGGGGUUCCGCCGCCGCCGCCGAAUACGGAGUGACGGAAAAUGACAGAUUAGUCACAUCCUCGUCAGGGGCUCAGUCAGGGUUACUUCAGGUCAUUCCGAGCCAGUUGGCGUCCUUCACUCCCCUCUUACGUCCAUCCAUCCGUCUCGCUCCAUCUUAUCUUUUUCAUUUUGUCAACAAUCCCUCUUUCUUUCCAUCCGUCCCGUCUAUCUCUCCAUCUUUCGGUCUUUUCUAUGCAUCUCCAGUCGCGCUGUCUUUCCGUCCAUCGAUCGAUCUGCGAGAGGAGGCGUGUCGGUCCUAAUCCCGGCCGUAUAAGAGCGUCCCCGUCAGCGUGAUCGCGUCUCGUCGUCCGCCGUCUUCUCGUCCGGCCGUCCUUCACGCAAGCGGAGCCGCAUACAAGUGUGGGCACACACACUCGCCAGGGUGGUGGAGAUGAAUCUGGAGGCGCCCAAAGCUGAGAUCAAGUCGGCCACGCGGGUGAGCGGGGGCCCCGCCACCCCGCGCAAGGGCCCCCCCAAGUUCAAGCAGAGGCAGACGCGCCAGUUCAAGAGCAAGCCCCCCAAGAAGGGAGUGCAGGGGUUCGGUGACGACAUCCCGGGAAUGGAAGGAUUAGGAACCGACAUCACUGUGAUUUGCCCGUGGGAGGCCUUCAACCAUCUGGAGCUGCACGAGCUGGCCCAGUACGGAAUCAUCUGAGCCCGCCCGGGCCGUCAACACUCAACUGGAACAUACCCACGCACACAAACAAAUGUCCAAAAAUAAAUAGAAAAAGACAAUGUUUUAUAUAUAUAUAUAAUUUUUUUUUUGUAUCUUGAUCUUGUGACACAGCAUCUGCUCAUGUUUAGGGUGUGAUCUUCUGCGUGGUUGCCAUUUGUUUCCCAGCAUGCUUUUCUUCCCCGUGCGACGGCCGCCGUGUCCGCCGUGGGGGAGAAAAAGGAAAUCCAAAUGUCCGGUAUUUGUUAGUGUGUAUGGCAGGCGUGGCUAAGCAUGAGAGUCCUGUAAUAUGUGUUACUCAAAUACUGUAGGUUCAUAAAAGGCUAUCUGUAGUCUUUUUUUUUUUUUCAUUCAUUUCUCUCACUGUAAUAAUUAGUUAAAUGAAUUAUAAUAAUACUGUGUUAAUGUGUAAAAAAACAAUUUUACAUAUACAUUUUUAAAAUCUAAUUGUAGAAAUCAACAUUAGUUUUGUAAAAAAAUAUAUACUGUAUUAAAUGUUUAAUAAGUCAUUUUAACUAAUAAAUUGAAACAUGAUAAAUAUA